AUGGUAUCAAACAACCUACCUUUAAAUCCACCAUUCACUUUCACUGAUGAAAAUUACCAAAUCUGGUCUGUGAAGAGGCAACCUUUUCUGGAAGCCUAUGAACUUUGGGAAACUGUGACGGAAGAUAAAGCACUUGCUGCUCUACUAGCAAAUCCUACUUUGGCUCAAAUCAAAUCCAACAACGAAGAAAAGCCAAAGAAAUCCAAAGCCAAGUCGCUUAUGCAGAAUGCUGUGGCAGAUUCUGUGUUUUACAGAAUCAUGGCUUGCAAAACGGCAAAAGAGUCUUGGGAUAGGUUGAAAGAAGAAUAUCAAGGCAGUGAUAGAACACAUCAAAUGCAAGUGUUGAACCUGAAAAGAGAUUUCGAGUGCUUGAAUAUGCAGGACGAUGAAACAAUUAGUAAGUAUGCUGAUCGAAUAUCCUUAAUUGUUAAUAACAUUAGACUUCUUGGUGAAGAAUUUACAGACAAACGAAUUGUGGAGAAAGUUCUUGUGACUCUUCCUGAGAGGUUUGAAUCUAAGAUUUCCUCUCUUGAGGAAUCCAAGGACCUGGGCAAACUUUCAUUACGUGAACUAAUGAGUGCUCUUCAAGCACAAGAGCAAAGGAGGACUAUGAGACGGGACAAGUUCACUGAAGGAGCUUUCUCUUUACAAAAACAAAUAUUUGGUAAAGGAAAGCAACAUGUCAACCAAAAGAAUAAGGGAAAGCAUGAUGGGGGAAAUAAUAAUGGAGAUGUGAAGAAGAAGUUCCCUCCAUGCAAACAUUGUAAAAGAACUACACAUCUGGAGAAGUACUGUUGGUGGAGGGUUGAUGCUAUAUGUGGCAACUGUAAGCAGACGGGGCACAUAUCCAAGGUCUGCAAAUCAAGAGCAAAGGCCUCUAGUGCUUUGCAAGCACAAGUAGCAGAAGCUGCAAAUGCACAUGAGGAGCAACUCUUUGCAGUUUCAUACUUUUCAAUCAAUGAAUUCUUUGAUUCAUGGCUUCUUGAUAGUGGUUGCACACAUCACUUGUGCAAUGAUGCUGAAAUGUUCAAAUUCCUCGAUGAUACAUACAAAUCUAAAGUAAAAGUGGGAAAUGGUGAGGCAGUAGAAGCCAAAGUCAGAGGUACAAUGUCUAUCUCAACAAUAUCUAGUAUCAAAACUAUUCCUGAUGUUUUGUACACACUUGAUAUGAGUCAAAAUUUGUUGAGUGUUGGACAAAUGCUUGAAAAUAAUUAUUCUCUGCAUUUUAAGAAUCGUGAAUGUGUUGUUUUUGACCCUUCUGGAGUAUAA